AUGGACAGUUUGCAGAAUGACGCCCAUGAGUUCCUGAUCUCGAUCCUGACACACAUCGAGAGUCUGUCUCCUCUGCUUCAACGGACCGCAGCGGGUCUGGGCAGAAGCUAUACCUGUCCAGUGGAAGACAGCUUUGGAUUUAAAAUGGAGUACACCAGAACAUGCAAAAAGUGUGGAGUUCAAUCAGUCAGACAGGAACAAUUUACUAAUCUGUCUCUGGACCUGGUUCCUGGAGGGUGUAUUGAAGACAUGAUUGAAAAAUAUCUUCUGGAGGUGGAGCUGGAAUACAGCUGUGAGUGCGGAGGAAAGUCAUCAGGCCAGACUUUGACCUUUGCAUCCCUGCCAAAAACAUUCAUCAUACAUCUGAAGCGUUUUUGCUACACUCCAUCCUUCAACCUGCAGAAAAUCUAUGACCCUGUGCAGAUACAGAGGGACAUAGUUGUGUCAUCUAAAAUGGGUGGUGGCUGUUUCAGUCUGGUCAGCGCCAUCAGUCAUUCAGGCAGUACUGGAGAAGGACUCUUUGCCUACUGUACUGAAUAA